AUGCCCGCCGGCACGCCCGCCGACAAGUCCAGGCAAACGUCCGCGGGAAAGUCCUUCUUCGGGAGGAAACUGUACAAGGACAAAUCGGCUGAUGAGCGUUAUGAUGGGUAUGGAGGCUCUUACAACAGCCUGGCGCCACCUCCCAGCGUGGCCGGCUCCCGCUCGUCCCGCCAUUCGAAACGAUCGUCUAUUCAAUCUGUCGACAUGACCCAAGACCUGGACCCAGCCAGCUUAGCUCCUACGGCCGGAGUAAUCACGUCUAUUCCCUACGAGAGCCUGCCUUCGGACACGAAAACACCCAUCCCGAUCGACAAUAUGCCGCGUCCGGAUUCCGCCCGCCAUGAACCUUCGCCCAACCACUUGGGCAAGACUGGCAGUGACUACCACCAGUAUCCUAACUGGACGUCUUCUUCUGCGCCGAAUGGAAACGCCUCGCAUCCCUCCGGCCCUCGCCCGCCCCCGCACGCCUCAGGCAUGACCAUGACGGGCAGCUCAUCAGGAGACCGGGGGACAAGAUACCAGCAAUGGGGCCGCCCCGGCAGCUCAGCCGCGAACCACUCGAUAGACUCAUCUUCAAAUUCCCGUACAUCACUCGAUCAGGCCAGUUUAUAUUCCUCGCAUUCAUCCAACACUCGCGGCUCAAACUACUUCUCCGCCGACGGCUCCUCCCGCACUCUGACAACAUCCCACUCCGGCGACCGCAACACCAUGUUUCCCGGCGGCAGUGCUGGACGCUUGUCCAGCGCUGCGGCCUCGCAUCAGCCUAUACCUGCAGCCGUGCCGCGCCCACCAGAUAUUUACCUCACCCGACCACGAGAUGACCGUAUUGUGGACCAGUUGUUCCUGGAGUUGAUGCAGAAGCGGGGAUGGCAGAAUCUUCCUGAGCAGGCGAAGCGGCAGAUGCUGUCGUAUCCGGCCUCGAAGAAGUGGACUUUGGUUCACCAGGAUCGAUUGACGGAGUUGCAGGGAGAGCAGAAACGACGACAAAAUGCCCGCCAGACCCAUGGGCAUGAUGGGCUUUCAGGACUACUCGAACGUGCUGAUGAGGAAGGGAGCCCGGAGUGGUAUGUGAAGAAGGUGAUGGACGACACAAUUACUUCCAAGCAACUCGCGAGUCUAAGCGUCAGUUUGCGGACGCAACCGAUCAGUUGGGUGAAGGCAUUCAUUGAAGCCCAGGGUCAAGUUGCCCUGACCAAUGUUCUGCAAAAGAUCAAUCGACGCAAGGCGUCCGGCCCUGUCCCCGCUCCGCCCACUGGUGAUAAGGAUCUGGACCGCGAGUAUGACAUCGCCAAAUGUUUGAAGGGUCUCAUGAACAACAAGUAUGGCGCAGACGAUGCCCUGGAACACCAAGGUGUCCUGGUCGCCCUUGUUAACUCGCUCUCGUCCCCUCGCCUCAACACUCGGAAACUCGUUAGCGAGGUACUCACCUUCCUGUGCCACUGGGCCGAAGGACAAGGUCAUCAAAAAGUUCUCCAGGCCAUGGACAAAGUCAAACAUGACCACAAUGAAACCGGCCGCUUCGAUGCGUGGAUGCGUAUCACCGAGGUCACCAUUGAUGGCCGUGGUAAGAUGGGCAGCUUGGUCGGCGCCAGCGAGGAGUACCGGAGUGGCGGCAUUGGUAUGGAGAACCUGCUUAUGGAGUACGCCGUCUCAACAAUGAUUCUCAUCAACAUGCUGGUGGACGGAGCCGAAAAUGACCUGCAGCUGCGAUGCCAUAUCCGCGCACAAUUUAUUUCAUGUGGUGUCAAGCGGCUUCUCACGAAGAUGGAGGGCUUCCAGUACGAGGUCAUCGACAAGCAGAUCGAGCGCUUCCGCGAGAAUGAGGCUAUCGACUAUGAAGAUCUGCUUCAGCGUGAGGGUAGUAGUGUAAAGGAUAGUGUCGAGGGUGAGGUCAAGGAUAUGAGCGAUCCCCUCCAGAUUGCGGACGCUAUUGCCACCAAGAUUAAUGGCACGCGAUCUCACGACUACUUCCUCUCGGCUAUGCAGCAUAUGCUGUUGAUCCGUGAGAAUGCGGGCGAAGAAGGUCUGCGAAUGUUCCAGCUCGUCGAUGCUAUGAUGAGCUACGUGGCUAUGGACCGGAGGCUGCCAGAUAUGGAUCUUCGUCAGGGCUUGAACUUCACAGUGCAGAGCCUUUUGGACCGCCUUCAUACCGAUGCUGAGGCUAGGCGUGUGUACGAUGAAGCCCUGGAGGCCCGCCAGAUUGCUGAAGCAGCUAUCGCGGAGCGUGAUGAGAUGAAGGCCCAGGUGGAACUUGGCGCUGAAGGCCUGGUCAAGAAACUUCAGAAGCAGAUUGAUGAACAGGCCGGCAUUAUUGAACUGCAAGGACGACAGAAUGAAACUUUCAAGGCUGAGGUUGCGGAAGUUCAACGAUUGCGUGCUCUGGAGCUGCAGCGCAAUGAAUUGGAGACCCGUGAGCUGUACCUCAUGCUUCGUGAUGCCCAAGACAUUGCUGCGUCCAAUGCCAGGAAGCAGGCCAACGCUUCGGACUCCGCACCGGCUGAUCCGUCCCAAAUGCCUGGGAUUAUGGAUCGGGAGCGUCUCAUGGAGCGCCUGGAGCGCCAGCUGGAGAGAACCAAGACCCAGUUCAAGCUGGAGGGCAAGGUCUGGGGCCAGCAUGGCCCAUCCGAUCGUCUGCGCGAGCUGCGUGAGAAGAUGGAUGGCGAUGGCGGUGACGAUUCUAGCGACGAAUUCCCCGAGCCGACUUGUCGUAACUUGGACCCGAGUGCCCUGGGAUCGGUCUAUCGGAAACGCAGCCAUGUGCCUGAAAUGUACCAAGGCCCUGAUGGCCUGUCAAUGUCCCCUGUGGACGAGGAUGAGGAGGCCGUGUACCAAAGGCCCCGCUUGAUCGAGAUGCAGCGUUCGCGCAUGAACCCUGCCCAGGCGACUGGCCUGCUCGGCGAGCUUGCUUCCAAGGUGCCCAAGUACGACGCUGAUCCAGAGGCUGCUACUUCUGCUCUCGAGUCUACCAAGCCAGAAGAUGCUGGCGAUGUCACUCCUACUGCGGAGGAUCUGGUGCCGAAGCCCGAGACCAAGGAGGAGGCAGACCAAAAGGCAAUGCCCCCUCCACCACCACCUCCUCCUCCUCCUCCUGGUGGUGCCAAGGGCCUUGUUCCUCCUCCCCCGCCGCCCCCAGGUGGGAAGGUUGGUAUUCCUCCCCCGCCGCCUCCACUUGGAGGUGGUGCUGGGCUUCCGCCACCGCCGCCUCCGCCUGGUGGUGCCAGAGGUAUCCCUGGCCCUCCUCCUCCUCCGCCCCCUCCCGGUGGAUUGGUUGGUAUUCCGCCGCCGCCUCCCCCUGGAGGUGGUGCUGGGCUAUUGCCGCCACCACCUCCUCCAAUCCCCGGAGCGAUUGGUGGCUUUGCUCCUCCCCCUCCGCCACCUCCCAGUGCUCCCUUGGGCGCCGGCUGGAGACCUACAUAUAUGGUUCAAGACGAUGUGUCCUCUUCCAUCACAGGCAUGCCCUCCAUCCGGCCUAAGAAGAAGCUCAAGGCUCUACAUUGGGACAAGGUUGAUACGCCCCAGGUGACUGUCUGGGCUGCUCACGCACCAACGCAGCAAGAGAAGGAACAGAAGUAUACCGAUCUAGCCAAGAAGGGUGUCCUGGAUGAAGUCGAGCGGCUAUUCAUGGCCAAGGAAACCAAGAUCUUCGGAGCCAGCACAGUUGCCAAGCAGCGCAAGGACAAGAAGCAGGUUAUCUCUAACGAUCUUUCGAAGAACUUCCAGAUUGCCCUUGCCAAAUUCUCCCAGUUCCCUCCGGAUGAGGUCACUCGCAUGAUCAUCCAUUGUGACCGCGAAAUCUUGGAUAACAUGGUCGUCAUGGACUUCUUGCAAAGAGAUGAGAUGUGCACUAUCCCUGAGAAUGUGGGCAAGUUGAUGGCGCCGUAUAGUCGUGACUGGACUGUCCCUGGUGCUGCCAGCUCUGAGCGUGAGCAGGAUCCGACCGAGCUUACUCGCGAGGAUCAGAUUUAUCUCUCCACUGCAUUUGAGCUGAACCACUACUGGAAGGCCAGAAUGCGAGCCCUUGCGCUGACGCGCACCUACGAGCACGAGUAUGAGUACACCUCCACGAGGCUGCAGGAGGUGGUCCGGGUCAGCGAGUCCCUGCGCGACUCGGUCGCUCUGAUGAAUGUCCUUGGUCUGAUUCUGGAUAUCGGUAACUUCAUGAACGACGCCAACAAGCAAGCCCAAGGUUUCAAGCUGAGCUCCCUCGCUCGCCUAGGUAUGGUCAAGGACGACAAGAAUGAGACCACUUUCGCCGAUCUUGUCGAGCGUAUCGUGCGCAACCAGUAUCCCGAGUGGGAGGGCUUCAGCGAGGAAAUUAGUGGCGUCAUCGGUCUGCAAAAGGUCAGCGUUGACCAGCUGCGCACCGAUUCUAUCAAGUACAUCAGCAAUAUCAAGAAUGUGCAGUCCAGCUUGGAUGCUGGUAAUCUGAGCGAUCCCAAGAAGUUCCACCCGCAGGACCGUGUCAGCCAGGUCGUUCAGCGGAGCAUGAAGGAUGCUCGCCGCAAGGCUGAGCAGCUGCAGCUGUACUUGGAUGAAAUGGUCAAAUCGUAUGACGAUAUCAUGGUCUUCUACGGCGAGGACAACACCGACGAGAAUGCCCGGCGUGACUUCUUCGCGAAGUUGGCUUCAUUCUUGAUGGAAUGGAAGAAAUCGCGCGAAAAGAACAUUGGCUUGGAGGAGUCCAGGAAGCGCACCGAAGCUUCUUUGGCUCGCAAGCGGAUCAAUGUUAACCUUGCCAAUGGUGCUAUUGCUACCGACUCACUAAGUUCGCCUGCCACAAGUGGCGCGAUGGACUCGCUGCUGGAGAAGUUGCGCGCUGCGGCGCCUCAAACUAAGGAUGUGCGAGACCGUCGCCGCCGCGCUCGCCUCAAGGAACGCCAUCAAGUCCGCGUUGCCUCCGGCCAGAAGGUACCUGAUUUAGAAGGAACUGAUGGUGUGGAGCAGCCAGCUGAUGGCGAUGCCCAAACCGAUGAGAAUGGUCUUUUGAGCCCGCCCAUUCCCGAUGGGGGUGAAGACAGCACCAAAGAGGGUCAGAUCUCCGAGGGCGAGGAUGUCGCUGACCGCGCAGCCAGCCUGCUCCUCGGCCUGAGAAGCAACUCCGACGCGAACGCCGAGCGCCAACGCCGCCGCAGAGAAAGCGCCGACGAAGAGCGUCGCACCCGCCGUAUGCGUCGGCGCAACGGCGCAACGAGCGGAAGUAAGGACAGCGCCGACGGGUCUACCUCCGGGCUCCCGGCCGUCCAAGAACCGACUACGCCCUCACGGACCGACUCCAUCAAUGCCGAAGAUCAAGCACUCUUGGGCUCUCCCCAGGACCAAUCCAUGUCCUCGGCACCUCCUGAGAUCGUUGUCUCGGAGCAGCCUGAUGAUGAUGGCCCGCCCUCACAAGAACCUCCGGCUGACGGUUCAUCUGUCAGCCAUCCCAUCGAACUGUCAGAUUGA